AUGGAGUCUCCUGUUCCGUCGAGUUUGUUCCGCAGAAAGAAGGAUAAUAGACGUGGUAUCACGUACACUAUAAUGAUGAUAGGUGCAUCAGGUACAGGUAAAACCUCCUUUGCUAAUAAUCUUGUGGAAUCCAAUAUUUUUGCUCACGAAUAUAAUCAAAAUCUUCAAGAUUAUCAGAUAUCACCAAAGAUCAAAAUCUCGUCGCCAACAAAAGUUGUCUCUUUCAAUUCCAAGAAUGGUAUACCAAGUUAUAUGAAUGAGUUCGAUCCAAGUAGAGCUAAUUUAGAAUCUGGUAUUACGAUUACUUCUACUUCUCUAGAAAUCUCUACUGGUAGUGAUACACUUCCAGCCGUUGAGAAUUCUCCAGUAAAAGGUCAUAAAAGAUCCAACUCUAUUAUCGAUGAAGAAGAGGAUACAAUUUUUUUGAAUCUAGUGAACACCCACGGGAUUACUGAAAAUCUUGAUGAUACUCUAUGUUUCGAUGAGAUUAGUUCUUACUUAGAACAACAAUUCGAUAUUGUAUUGUCAGAGGAAACUAGAAUUAGAAGAAAUCCGAGAUUUGAAGAUACGAGAGUUCACAUUGCUUUAUAUUUUAUCGAACCUUCUGGACAUGGUCUUAAGGAGAUGGAUGUAGAAAUAAUGAAACGUAUUGCCCGUUAUACGAAUGUUCUUCCAAUCAUUUCUAAAGCUGAUUCAUUUACUAAGGAUGAACUGAAGCAAUUUAAGCAAAAUAUAAUGAAUGAUAUAGAGAGAUACAAUGUACCUAUUUAUAAAUUUGAAGUUGAUCCUGAAGAUGAUGAUUUGGAGGCAAUUGAGGAGAACCAGGCUUUAUCUGCUUUGCAACCUUUCUCUAUCAUUUCAUCCGAUGAAAGAAAUAAAGAGGGGAAAUAUAUUAGAUCUUACCCUUGGGGUACUUUAGAGAUAGAUGAUGAUAAAAUAUCUGACCUCCGUAUCCUAAAGAGUGUCAUGUUCGGUUCACAUCUUCAAGAAUUUAAGGAUACAACACAAAAUUUACUAUACGAAAACUAUCGUACGGAUAAACUAUCAAGUGUAACUAAAAACACUGAUUCCGAGGGACAAAUUAAAAACGGUAACAAAACUCUGGGUAAUAGAGAUAGUGCUGCACCAAGUUUGAGUAACUUUGCUUCCUUGAUCAAUACUGGUCAUUUUAAAUCAUCUCAAUCAUUGGCCACAACUGCCAAAUUAGGUAAGAAUGAUCAAACUCAGUUACCUGCUACACCACAAAUCAAUAACAACGAAAAUGGUAUUGAAAAUUCUGAAAUAAAUGAAUCACCAAUCAAACAAAUGUCAGAAGAUAUAAGAAAUGGGAACGAAGAGAUUAUUAGAUCGAUAAAGAAAGAAGCCCAAACAAAUGAAACCGUAGAGAGAAACAAAUUGAGAAACAUCUCCGAGACUGUCCCAUACGUUUUGAGACAUGAGAGAAUUAUUGCAAGACAACAGAAAUUAGAAGAGUUAGAGGCUCAAUCAGCCAGAGAAUUACAAAAGAGGAUCCAAGAACUAGAAAAGAAGGCACACGACUUAAAGUUAAGAGAGAGACUAAUAAAACAACAAGGACGCAACCCUUCCUCUGUCUCCGUAGCCUCCGAUAAUAAGAGCUUCGUCAGUACGAGAUCAAUUUCUCAAAGCCAAAUGAAGAAAAACGAUACCUAUACUGAUUUAGCCUCAAUAGUAUCUGGUAAAGAAUGA